CCCCACGCGAUGAUGUAUUGAAAGACUACGGGACAUAGGAGAGAAGUUGGCAAAUGUAGUUUAAGUAUCAUCAGUAAUUAUUUGUCAUCAGUUAUAUUUUCUAAAGUGUGCGAACCUCACUAGUGCUAUUGUUUCCUGUUAUAGGCUUGGCUUGUCUAUUGUUUGGCUGAAAAUGAAGCCAUGGGAGAGCACCAUGCUUCUGGAGCCGCACGUCCCGGUGGAUGGGGUCAAUUGAGAAGUCGGGGUUGGCUCCAUGAGAGCUCCAUGACUGAAGCAGGGAAGAACGAGGCUUACCUGCAAGAACAUUCGACGUGCAGGGCAAAAAGACUGUUGAAUCAUUGGACAAUGUCACGCACUUUAUGGACACUGUGGACCUUGGGGGCCAUAAUCAGCCUUGGCAAAGAAGAGUCCCCUGACCAGAUGUCCCUGUCUUGUGACCCCAUGGGUGUCUGCACUGGUUCCUCCAGAUCUUUAAGCUCCAUCCCCUCAGGGCUCACAGCAGCGGUGAAAAGUCUUGACCUGUCCAACAACAAGAUCGCGUACAUCGGCAACACUGACCUGCAGACGUGUGUGAGCCUCAAAGUGCUUGUCCUGAAGUCCAGUGGGAUUCAUAGGAUAGAUAAAGAUGCCUUCUCUUCCCUCGGAAAUCUCGUCCAUUUGGAUUUAUCCUAUAAUUACUUACCUAAUUUAUCAUCCUCCUGGUUCAGACCCCUUUCUUCCUUACAAUACCUAAAUUUAUUGGGAAAUCAUUACAAAGAGCUUGGAGAAGCGCCUCUUUUCUCCCAAUCUACCCAUUUGCAGGUCCUGAGAGUCGGAAGCAUUUACACCACUAAAAUUCAGAAAAAGGAUUUUGUUGGAUUAACUUUUCUGGAGGAACUUGAGAUUGAUGCUUCCAAUCUCCAGAGUUAUGAGCCCAAAAGUUUGACAUCUAUUUCGAACAUAAGCCACCUGAUCUUCCAUCUGAAGCAGCCUCUUUUUUUACCGGCGAUUUAUGUAGACCUCUUAAAUUCCGUGGAGUAUUUUGAACUGAGACAGACUGAUCUGUAUUCCUUCCAUUGUCCAGAACUACCUGUUGGUGAAACCAACUCAUCUAUCAAAAAGAUCACCUUUAGGAGUGUGGGAAUCUCUGAUCGAAGUUUUAAUGACAUUGUGAGACUGUUGGAUUAUGCCUCUGAAUUGUUAGAAUUGGAGUUUGAUGAGUGUACCCUUAAUGGGGUUGGUGAUUUUGAUCCAUCUGUUAUCAGGAUAUUGAAAGGCCCCAAUAAAGUGGAAACAGUGGUAUUCCGGAGGUUGCAUAUCCCCCAAUUUUACUUAUUUCACGAUUUGAGUACCAUCUACACGUUUGCUGGAGCUGUUAAACGAAUCACAAUAGAAAGCAGCAGAGUGUUCCUGGUUCCGUGUUCCUUUUCCCAGCACUUAAAAUCUUUAGAAUACUUGGACCUUAGUGAAAACUUGAUGGUUGAGGAAUACUUGAGGAAUUCCGCUUGUGAGGGUGCCUGGCCCUCACUCCAAACCUUAAUUUUAAGGCAGAAUCAUCUGACAUCACUAGAAAAAACGGGAGACGCUUUGCUUGCUUUGAAAAACCUGACUAGCCUUGAUAUCAGUAAAAAUGGGUUUCAAACUAUGCCUAAAGCUUGUCGAUGGCCAGAAAAGAUGAAGUAUUUGAACUUAUCCAGCGUCCGAUUACAAUGGCUAACCCGUUGUAUCCCCGAGACACUGGAAAUUUUAGAUGUUAGCAAUAACAAUCUCAAUUCGUUCCAUUUUACUUUUCCACAGCUCAGAGAACUCUAUAUUUCCCAAAAUAAGUUGCUGACGCUACCGGAUUCCAUUCUCCUACCUGUGUUACUGGUACUGAGAAUCACCAGGAACACAAUAACUAGCUUCUCUAAGGAGCAACUUGUUUCUUUUCAAAAACUGAGGACACUGGAGGUGGGUGAGAACAAGUUCAUUUGCUCCUGUGAAUUCCUGUCUUUCACACAGGGGCAGCCAGCACUGACCCAGGUCCUGGAUGGUUGGCCAGAAAACUACCUGUGUGACUCGCCGUCUCAUGUGAGGGGCCAGCGAGUUCAGGACGCGCAUCUCUCCGUGGCUGAGUGCCACAGGACAGCCGUGGUGUCUGCUGUGUGCUGUGCCCUCCUUCUGUUCAGCCUGCUCAUUGGGGCACUGUGCCGCCGUUUCCAUGGGCUGUGGUACAUGAAAAUGACGUGGGCCUGGCUCCAGGCCAAAAGGAAGCCCAGGAAGGCACCCAACAGGGAGAUCUGUUAUGACGCCUUUGUUUCUUACAGUGAAAGGGACUCCCAGUGGGUGGAGAACCUUAUGGUCCAGGAGCUGGAGAAUUUCAACCCCCCCUUCAAGCUGUGCCUUCAUAAGCGGGACUUUGUCCCUGGCAAGUGGAUUGUGGACAACAUCAUAGACUCCAUUGAAAAGAGUCACAAAGCUGUCUUUGUGCUGUCUGAAAACUUUGUGAAAAGUGAGUGGUGCAAGUAUGAACUGGACUUCUCCCACUUCCGUCUCUUUGAUGAGAACAAUGAUGCUGCCAUUCUCAUCCUUCUGGAGCCCAUUGAGAAAAAAGCCAUUCCCCAGCGGUUCUGUAAACUGCGCAAGAUCAUGAACACCAAGACCUACCUGGAGUGGCCCGCUGACGAAGCCCAGCAGCCGGGGUUUUGGUUAAAUUUGAGAGCUGCAAUAAAAUCCUAAUUUCAUGCCUUCAAGGAUAGUUCGGGUCCAUUUCUGGUCUUUUCAGCACCCUUUGUAACUAGCUUCAUUCUAACAUCGUUACAGAAAAACCAUGCGGAUGGAUACUGACCCCUGAGGACUUCCUAAAAGUACUAAAACUGGUAACGUUUUUUGUGGAGUGCUGUCUUAUAAAAAUUGCUACCAGAUUGAAAAUGGCUUUGAGAUUUUUUUUUAUUCUGUAAAAUGAUCAUGAUCAAUAAAUCCAUCAUUGAUUGGA